UCGGGACAGAAGGCGCGUGCAGGCACCGCAUCUUUCACUCCGACCACCUGUUGACUGGAGCGUGAACUUAACAAGUCUCACUAGGCUGAAAUCGGAUCGUUUCUCGCACAGAUGUGCAUCGGCGCUACAUCUCUACACUGAACUCUGAGACACCGAGCAAAGUUUUUCACAAGUUUAUUAAUCGAGCAACGCGUUUGAAAGAAGAAGCGCGAGCAACUUUUGCCAAGUGACAUCUCAAGGACAUGCACGUCAUUUACAGUUCAUGCGCAGUGUUUUUUGGAGAUGUUUCAGGAGUUGGAAAGCCAAGUGUCAUCCGUUCACGGUCACCUAAUCUGCAUUUUAUGUGAUUUACGCGUGAGAUGGUCCGUUACAACCUCCCAGGUUGGGGAGAAAUAACUUAAAACACUGCGACGCGCGUUUUCGCCUCAUAAUGAAAGUAGUGAGCGUGGUUUUUGCGUUGGUCGCUUUGUGGAGGAUAAGUGUGGCGAGCAGGAGACACUGUCCCGACCUCACCGUGGAGAGCUGUGAGUGUGCAGCAGAGCGCUCCAGGGCGCUGAACCGGCGCAGCGCGCGCGUCACCGUGACUUGUGAUGAUGCGGAUUUGACGGACACGCUCGAGCCCCACACGCUGCUCAGCACCACCGCCUCACUGAUCCUCAGCAAUAACAAAAUCUCAACAGUGAAAAAUGCUUCUUUCUUCAGCUUGCACUCUCUGGAGAGACUGGACCUGAGGAGUAAUUUGAUUAGUACAGUGGAGCCUGGAGCAUUUUGUGGAUUGGCUAUGCUGAAGAGGCUGGAUCUAUCCAACAACCGCAUUGGCUGCCUUUCUGCGGACAUAUUUCUUGACCUUGGCAAUCUCUCGAAGCUAAAUUUAUCUGGAAAUAUCUUCUCCACACUGCCUGAAGGGCUGUUCAUGCACUUGAGUUCCCUGAGAGUUCUACACUUCAGUACAGAUUACCUGUAUUGUGACUGCCAGUUGGAGUGGUUGCUGCUGUGGACCAGAGCCAGAUCUGUACGAGUGGGAAACGAGACAGCGUGUGUGUAUCCUUCACACCUCCAUGGCCUCCAAGUCCGUGGCCUCCAAGAACACCAACUUACCUGCGACAAUCCUCUGGAGCUCCCUCUGCUUCAGCUGAUCCCGUCUCAGAGGCAGCUAGUGUUCCGGGGUGACCGACUCCCACUGCAGUGCACCGCCUCCUACCUGGACCCCUCCAUCACUCUGAGAUGGAGCCAUAACCACUGGCCUGUACACACACAAGAAGAGAGAGGAGUGUAUGUGGAGGACAGCAUUAUCCAUGACUGCUGCCUGAUCUCCAGUGAACUAAUCCUCUCCAACGUGGAUGCUGAUGUUUCCGGUAAUUGGCAGUGCCACGUGACCAGUUCCCGUGGCAACAGCUCCAUUGGCAUGGAGAUUGUUGUUUUGGAGACGUCUGCACUGUACUGCUCUGCAGAGAGGGUGACCGGCAACAAAGGUGACUUCAGGUGGCCUAAAACCCAGGCUGGUUUAAUGGUCUUUCUUCACUGUGCCAUAGCCUCCUACAGCUCUCACGAGAAGAGGGCAUGGCGUAGGUGUGAUAAGCAGGGACGGUGGGCAGAGGACGACUACAAUCAGUGCCCUUACUCCAGAAAUUUCACCCGCAUGCUGCAUGAACUUACACAGAUACCAGUGAACACCUCCAACGCUCUGCUCCUGGCCCAACAGCUCUCCUCCUUAACUAGCAAUGCAACAAUGUUUGAUGACAUGGUGGAUGUCAUCUUUGUCACACAUCUUGUUGAGAGAAUUACACGUCUUGUGGAUCACCAAAGAGAACUAGGAGACUACGUGUCCGACAUCGCAAGCAACAUGAUGCAGGUGGAAGAGCACUUCCUUUGGAUGGCUCAGAAUGAAGCUCGAGCCUGCACACGCAUCGUACAGUGUGUUGAGCGCAUUGCAGACCUCACCUUCAACACACACACCCAGAACAUCUCAAAGGUCUCUGCUAACAUAGCUUUGGAGGCCUUCGUGCUCAGGCCUUCAAGUGUAAUGGGUUUGUUGUGUACAGUGGUGGCUAAUCCAGGUCACAAUACUGGCGCUGGGGUUUCUGGGGCUUCCAGAUCGUUGGAGGAUACUCUCCUCAAUUUCAGAUGUCAUACAGCCAAUGACACAGGAUCACCCAGCGGCCAGCUCAGUCAGAACGCAGUGGCUGUCGCCUCUAUUCAUUUACCGCUGGCUGGCUCUGUGCGCGCCUCCGCCUUGCGAUCUGUUGAUAACACGACCUGCAGGCUGCAGCUGAUUGUAUUUCGCAAUGGAAAACUCUUUCCAUGCACGGGCAACUCGUCAAGCUUGGCAGACGACGGCAAGCGGAGGAGCGUGGCGACUCCGGUCGCUUUCGUUAAAUUAGAUGGCUGCGGUCUCGAUAGCUCCAUUCAGCCCGUCAUUAUCACCCUGAGACACUUGGCUAUAGGUGCAGAUCCCACCGCAGCCUACUGGGAUUUCGACCUGCUGGAUGGCCACGGAGGCUGGCGGGCGGAGGGCUGCCACAUAACGGGCUCGGCGGGCAACACCACUACUAUAUAUUGCACACAGCAUAAAAACUUCGCUGUGCUCAUGGAUCUGAAGAAGGUGCUGUCGUUCCCACCAUACCCGGGGGACUUCCUGCACCCGGUCGUGUAUGCCUGCACUGCUGUCAUGCUGCUCUGCCUUUUUGCUUCCAUCAUCACUUACAUAGUGCACCACAGUACAAUCCGGAUCAGCCGGAAAGGAUGGCACAUGCUCCUGAACUUCUGUUUCCACACAGCUCUGACGUUCGCUGUGUUCGCCGGAGGCAUCAACCGCAUCAAAUACCCAAUUUUCUGCCAAGCGGUUGGAGUAAUACUUCAUUACUCGUCUUUGUCCACUAUGCUAUGGCUGGGCUUCACAGCUCGGAACAUCUACAAACAGGUGAUCAAGAAACCCCCCAAGCCUCAGGAUGGAGAUGUGCUUCCUCACCCACCCAGAUCACCCAUGCUGAGGUUUUAUUUAAUCGGCGGAGGAAUUCCCUUCAUUAUCUGUGGCAUCACAGCUGCCAUCAACAUAGAAAAUUAUGGCAGCGGAGAACAAACUCUGUACUGCUGGAUGGCAUGGGAGCCUAGUCUCGGAGCUUUCUAUGGACCUGUGGCAUUCAUCGUUUUGGUGACAUGUGUCUACUUCCUGUGCACCUUCAUCCAUUUGCGUAAACACCCAGAGAGGAAAUAUGAGCUAAAGGUGCUGUCUGAGGAGCAGCAGAGACUCUCUGCUGCUGACGUGCCCCACUGCCACCAUCAAGGUGAACCUGGCAUGCCAGGAGGUGAUGGGACCCGCUGUCAUGCCGGCUGUCCGGGCCUGAUCAACCCAUCUUUACUCGCCAACGAGCACUCAUUCAAGGCCCAGCUAAGGAGCGCUGCAUUUACAUUGUUUUUGUUCUUAGCCACAUGGACAUUUGGGGCUCUGGCUGUGUCUCAGGCUCAUUUCCUGGACAUGAUAUUCAGCUGUCUGUAUGGAGCAUUCUCGGUCACUCUGGGUCUUUUUGUGCUGAUUCACCACUGCGCUAAGCGUGACGAUGUCUGGCAUUGCUGGUGCGCCUGUUGCCCUGGUCACCAAGCUAAUAACUGCCAAGGGCAUGGGCACACCCAUGGGCGCCCUAAGGUAAACAUUAAUGGGGAUGUACACAGGCAUGGGCAUGGGCACGAUCACUGCCACUUGGACUCGCCCUGCACAGGAAAAUCUGUCCUUAGCCACACACACUCACAUGGCCUAUGUAAGCUCAGUAACCUGCAGGCGCAGAACCACGUAACCUGCUUGACCCCUGUGAGCCCUGUGACCCCUUGUUGCUCCGCUCUCCACACAGAGAAGCUGCUGGAAGAGAGGCCCAUUCACCUGCACAGCUGCCUGAAACCAGGCAGGACUAAAGGAAUGCAGCGGGCAUCGCCAGUUGGAGAGAGAGAGCUGGCUUUCCAUCUUCCAGCCAGUGUAGAUGCAGGCAGUGGACACAGCUCACCCACUGACAGCCUGCACAGCACCUGCCAACGCCAGGGUCACAUCUGCCAUCUGGCCCAAGAGGAGCACCAGGGGUGGCACCAUGCAUGCUCUCACCAUGACACUCCAAUGUGCCAUACUGCACUUUGCCACCGGCACACCUGCUGUACCAAGGCAGAGAUCCUGCCUUCGCCCCUGUGCCACACUGAGAGCAGGGAACCGGGAACCCUGCUCUGCAGCUGUGGGAAGAUGGCCGAGGAUGAGCUUGCAGUGCCGUGUCAUGGCCAUGUAGAGAUACACCCUCGCAGACAGUCCUUCCCACAGUGUGUCCCAAACCAGAACGGGCUUCUCAAAGGAAGUGGACAUGAGGGACAUCUGUACCCAUCUGACAGCACAGGGAAUAUACGCACUGGACCCUGGAAGAAUGAAACUACUGUGUAGUUCAAGGGCUCGAUGCGCAUUCUGAGUUAACCACCUUCUCUAGGAUAUAAAAAAACGAAGCAGACGUUCUAAAGAUUCAUAUCUGUUUUGGUUUUAAUUGGAUCUAAAUCAUUCCUUUCAGGGUUGUUUUCUUUUAUUGUUUAUUGUAUAAAAACAUCACUCCAGAAUGGCUACACAGACCUGACUUGUCGGGAAAAAGGAAACAUUAUUUGACACUUGCUGCCAGAUUGGGGUCAUGCUCUAUAUCCGGAUUUUACCUUUUACCACAAAGCUAAUUUUAUCACUACAGGAUAACAAACAUUAUCUGAGUGUGACUUUGCGUGAGUGGGUUUUGUGUGUGCAAGUGCAUUUGAAUGUACUUUGUGUAUGUCCUUCUGCAAAUGAAAUCAAUUCAGUGUUUGGUGAAAAUUCUUUCAUAAGAUACCGGAUUAUACUCUAAUGAGAUCUAAGUUAUUAAAUAAAAUGUUAUUGACAGUACCAAAACUGUACAACACAACUGAAGUGAAAAGAACUUCCAUAAGUUCUUGGAAUAAGUUCCAAGGGUCCAAGUACAACAUGAAUACAUCACCAGCAAUUUUAACUCAUCUGUGUUUUCAUGUCACUUUAACAAUCAUGCUUACUGUAUACUGUGAACAACAGCUAAAACUUAGUACAAUAGAAAACAAACAAACAAAAAAAAUAGACCUAGUUCUGUCUGAGUUCUUUUUGGCCUCUAUAUUGUGUAGACUAAAAAAGAGAGAGAGAGAGACUCUGUUUUACUGCAGAUCUGUAAUGAUUAAUCUGUUUCUAUGGUGAAUUUCCUAUCAUUGAGGUGUGUGUACAACAAUCCUCUCUAGGUGCUAGAAGACCAACUAACACAAUUACAUAAUAACCAUGGCCCAUCAAUCAGCUGGAGCAACCAAACUAACCACUGCUGAGAAAUGAAACAGAAAAAUUCAUUUAUGUACACUCACCAUCCACUUUAGUAGGAACACCUGUACUAGCACAUUUAUGCAAUUAUCCAAUCAGUCAAUCAUGUGGCAACAAAGUGAUAAAUAAAAUUAUUCAGAUACAGGUCAAGAGCAGUUAAAGCUCACAUCAAAGAUCAGAAUGUGAUCUAAGUGACUUUGACUGUGGUUUGGUUUUUGGUUCCAGACAAACUAAGUUGAGUAUUUAAGAAACUUGCUCAUUUCCAGGGUUUUUCAUGCACAACAGUCUAUAGAGUUUACACAUAAUGGUGAGAGAAACAAAAAACAUCCAUUUAGUAGUAGUAGUAGUAGUUCUGGAGCUAGAAAUGCCUCCAGAGGUCAGAGGACAAUGGCCAGACUGAUUCGAGCUGACAGGAAGGCUACAGUAACUCAAAUAACCAUAGUUGUGUCCCAAAUGAUGUACUAUACACUAUGCACUUACACUAUGCUCUACAUACAUUACCAUCUAGUGUGUGGAUUUUAAAAGGGUAGUGUCGUCUCCAAUGGAACACUUUUUUUUUUUUACUAACUGGAUGUAUAAGCUGUUUCCCAGUCGAUGGCAAUGAUGUCAAACGCACGUAAUGCGACGCUGUCAAUAUGACGUUGAUGUCAGUGGUACCUUUUAUGCCCAACAUCACCUUUUUUCAUUCUGAGCAAAUUUGAGCCAGAGUCAGUGCCUGAUAGCCCCUCCCCUCUUUUGCUACCUAAGCAAAGCUGCGACCGUCGAGUGCAUAAAGUGUCCAACAGUCCACACAUUGUUUUUCGGUUGAAUAAGUGCAUAGUCUGAGUAGUUCAAGUAUACUUCUUCUUGUUGGAAUUUUCAGUGUGAAGACACUACUCACACUAUUUCUACUACAAAAUGGCAUAGAAUAGUGUGUACAUAUGUGUUUUAGGAUGCACCUCAUCUUUAUAGCUGUGGGGAACAGGAAAGCCUCUCAGAAUGCUGGGCUUUUUCAAAUUUUCAACUGUCCAGUUUCAGUGAGCCUGUACCCACUGUAACCUUGGAUUUUUGAUCUUGUAUGGAAGGAAUGGAAUUUGAUGUGGUCUUCUGCUAUUGUAGUCGAUCCACCUCAAGGUUCAACAUGUUGUGCAUUCUGAGAUGCUUUCCUGCAGAGUGGUUAUUUCAGUUACCAUAGCUUUCCUGUCAUGUGACCAGUCUGGCCAUUCUCCUCUGAUCUCUCUCAUCAAAAAGGAGUUACUGCCUGUAGAACUGCCACUCACUGGAUGUUUAAUUUUUUUUGCACCAUUCUGUGUAAACGCUAGAGACUGCGUGAAAAUCCCAGCAAUUUUUGAAAUACUCAUUCCAGCUGUAGCAACAACCAUGCUGUGGUCACAGUCACUGAGAUCACAUUUUCCCCAUAUCCUGAUAUUUGCUUUGAUCAAUACCUGCAGCUCUCGACGUGUACAUGCAUGAUUUUAUGUAUUGCGCUGCUACCACAUGAUUCGCAGAUUAGAUAAUUACAUGAAUGAGCAGGUUUAUAGGUGUUCCUAAUAAAGUAGUCAGAGGAUAUAUAACAAGCCGUUACAGUAUUGAUUAAGAACACUGAUUAUCUUUCUGCCCAGUUUUUAAAUGCAACUUAUUUUCUGGCCAUUCUAGACUGCCAUGCAGUAUGUGGUGCUUAGUGUGCUCACACACUAAAUUCGCUCAACAUUUCUCAUAAAAGUAAGAUCUUUAUUUCAAUAUCAGCACUUGAUUUCAGGUCUGAACCCUUAUUUCUUUACAGUAUGAAAAAAGUUGGACUGGGUGAUGACCUCCAGCAAAGCUUUGCCUCAGCCAUUUCUUGUAUUGCUGGCUGUCACUCUUGUACACUAAUCACCAGUAGUUCAAAAUUUGGAUCUGUUCAACAAACAUUAAUAAGUAUGCACUAAAUAAGUCAUUUUCAACAAUCUGAGGUAUCCUUUUUAUUUUAUCUAUAUUUUGGCUAUUGCUCAGUAUCUGAGUUUUGGUAUGUUAUUGAUUAGGGAUGUUUAAAUGCAUCUCUGUCACAGAUGGUUUGUGAACUUGCAAAUUCACUGUGAUAUGAGAGAGAAGGCUGUUGUGGUAUGAAUGAUGAGUGACAAUACUGUGUUUGUAAAGCUACUCCUAGCUGUUUUCCUCUCUGUUAAAUUUAAGGUCAAACAAGUGUGAAUACUUGUUUAACUCAUUUUGCCUUUUUAUAUAGAAAAUCCAACAAAAAGACAAUCCAAGACAAAUUUCACAAUUUACCCAGAUAGUUCAAAGGCAAAAAUUGCUCACAGCAGGAGUCUAACUGCUCCUCUUGAGGAAGAUGGGGUUUUAGACUCAGGAACUUAUCAGCUAUGUUCAAGGAAAUGUUCAGUGUAAGCUACUUCAUUCGAUUUUGCACAUCUUUGCAUUUCGUUAUGAAAAAGAAAUGUCCUCUUGCUCAGACUAUGUUUUAUGAGCUACUACUUCCCUUCAUCUUUUAACAGAAAAAUGGUUCAACACAUGACCAACUUGGUGUAAUGUAUGGGUCAGUCUUGUGCAAUGCAAGUUGUUCACAUCACCUUGAUUGAAAAAGAGAAAAUAGUUUUGCCCAUCCUGUGGAAAUCUGGAUGCCAAAUCUGUUGUCUCCUGUUUGUUCUACUACACCUUUGUAUUUUCUCAGCUUCUAAAUAAAACAGGAUAAACAACACAUUAUAGCCGUUGCAAUCAUUAGUAACCUUCCUCCCAUUCAUUUCAGACUGCUUCUAAAAUUAGUAGUGGAAAAUUACUAGUAGUUGGACAUCUGAAUGGCAUGUGUCAUUUUCCCAUCAAUGUGUCAAAGUGGAAAAGAGGAAAUCUGGCAUAACUAAGCUGUCUUUACUCAUAUCCCGAUUACUGUGAUGAGCUUUGCUCUUCAGAGACUAGCUGCCCUGCUGUCUAUGCGAGUCUGUGUUGAACUAUCUGUACCAUAUUGGAGCACAUUACUAAGACUGCUGGAGGUGUAUGUAUGUUCACAAGCAUGUGUGUAUUUAGGAUUCUGUGUGUGUGCGUGUGUGUGUGUGUGUGUGUGUGUGUGUGUGUGUGUGUUUCAGAAUAUGCCAGUGAUACUGUAAGCAAAGCCAACAACCCCAUCACCUUUUUUUCUACAUUCCCCAUGUACUUCAAUAAAUGUAUUUUUUCACCACUGAAUACAUGUAGCCGAUUUGCUUUGUGUGGCAAGGAUAUGUAUAUGGAGAUGUCUUUAGUCAGUCCAUGAGGUUUAACACAUUAUAGCAUUAGAGAUUUAGCAUGAAAUGCAAUGAAAUGCCAAAAGAAUAGAUUUAAUUUAAUAAUUGUGCAUUCAGAUUCCAAUACCUGCCAAGAACCAAACAUUCCCAUACCAAAAAAAUGAGUGCAACCAUUUCUGUGAAAGGAAGCACACUGAUAACCCUAACUCUCAUAGACAGACUACAUAUCAUUACUUUGUGUUUCUGAAGUAGUGAGCUGUGUAAUUAGUUCAUACUUAAUUAAACUACCUAAACAGCCUAACUACUCAGAAUAUGCAAGUUGAAACUGUCAUGUAAACUAAAAAUUCUGGAACACAAAGAAAAGGAACAGACAGUAAAGAUAUAAUAGGUGACAUAGUGUAUGAAGGAUGGAUCACCACCCAAAUUAUAUCUGCUCCACAAUUUGUGCACCACAACAUAUGGGCUACUGUCAGUAGUCACCUACACAGUUCAUUGGUAAGGUAGG